AUGUUUCGAAAUAAUUACGAUAACGAUUCUGUUACAUUCUCCCCGCAGGGACGGAUAUUCCAGGUCGAAUAUGCUCUCGAAGCCAUCAAGCAAGGUUCUGCUGCUGUCGGUCUAAGGUCGAAAACUCACGUUGCUCUAGUAGCUUUGAAGAGAAAUGCCGAAGAACUAGGCUCCUACCAGAAGAAGAUCAUUCCAAUCGAUAAGCAUCUAGGCGUGGCCCUUGCUGGUCUCUCUCCUGAUGCUCGUGUCCUAUCCAACUUUAUGCGCCAGCAAUCGAUGGCCUCCCGUCUCCUUUACAAGCGACCCGUCCCAGUUGCCCGCGUCGUCAACGCCAUUGCAGACAAAGCCCAAGUCAACACCCAGCACUAUGGUAAACGUCCAUACGGUGUUGGUCUCCUCAUCGCAGGUGUCGACGAGACCGGACCCCAUCUGUGGGAGUUCCAGCCGAGUGGACAGAUACUGGAGUACUUCGGAGCCGCGAUUGGAGCUCGUAGUCAGUCUGCUCGAACAUAUUUGGAGAGAAGCUUCGAGUCCUUCCCUGAUGUUUCUAGGGAUGAAUUGGUGCUGCAUGGGCUUAAAGCUUUGAGGGAUACAUUACAGCAGGAUAGAGAGUUGACUACAGAGAACACUAGUAUUGCAAUUGUAGGAAUUGGUGAGGAUUUGAAGCAAUAUGAUGGACCGAGGGUCAAGAGGUUCUUGGACCUGUUGGGAGAAGACGGCACGAGGAGUCAGAGAGCAGCAAGACUUGAUACUGCUAUGGAUGUUGGUGGGGGUGCAGAUGAUGACGAUGAUGAAUUGGCGGGGUUGCUUGGACCCGGGGAGGGGACUAGUGCCAUGGAUACUACCGAGUAG